AUGGGAUUGCACAAAAACUACUUCAAAGUCGGACAAAAUGCUAGCAAUCAGCUGUUCGGUCUGCCGCCCAGCCAGGGCGGUCCGACGCCGCUAUCGAUGCUCAUUUCUCAGGGAGCGAAGUUCAACAACAAUCGUAUCGCGGUGAUUGUCUUUGGAAUUGUCACACUCAUUGCCGGCGUUGUACUAUCUUCCGUUCCAUGGCUGAACAUUUUCAUCAUGAAGAAUCUGAGACUCUGGAACGGUACGAUAAGUUUUCAUUACUGGCAGCGUCCGGGCGUCACUAGGCUUACUAAGGUGUACAUUUUUAACGUUACAAAUCCGGAGGGAUUCCUUGCCGGUGAAAAGCCAAAAUUAGUUGAAGUAGGACCGUUCGUGUACAGGGAAGAUAUGGAGAAAGUGAACAUCAAGUUUCACGAUAACCACACCGUUACGUACCAGCACAAGAAGAUUCUGCAGUUUGUUCCUGAGCUUAGCGUAGACAAGAACCUCCGAAUUACGACACCAAAUAUUCCACUGCUGACUAUCUCGACCCAAAGCAAGUACAUCUCGUUUAUAGUCUCGAAAAUGAUCUCCGUCGUACUAACGGCGACCAAAUACAAACCGUUCAUUUCACUGACGGCAGACGAGCUGGUAUUUGGUUACGACGAUACGCUCGUCAGUCUGGCCCAUCGAUACUACCCCCGAAACCGACGGCCCAUGGAAAAGAUGGGCCUGCUAAAUGGGCGAAACGGUACGCUCACCGAGUACGCGACGAUGCACACCGGACACACGGGCAUGGAGAAGUUCGGCUACUUCGACAAGCUGAACGGCCUGGACCAUCUGCCGCACUGGGACGGCGAACCGUGCCGGAGCAUCGAGGCGUCGGAGGGAAGCUUCUUUCCACCGCGCGACAUCACCGGCAAGGACACAGUGUACAUUUACGAUAAGGAUCUCUGCCGGACGUUGCCACUGGUCUACCGGGAGCCGGUCGAGAAGGAUGGCAUAGCGGCCGAUCUGUACACACUUGCGGAGGAUUCCUACGGGCCACCGAACGAAAACAACAGCUGCUUUGAUCACUCGGAUUAUAAGAAGUACCACGGGUUGCAGAACAUCAGUCCUUGUCAAUAUGGCGCACCUGUCUACAUCUCGAACCCGCACUUCUUCCAGUCCGAUCCCAAACUGCUGGACGCCGUGGAAGGACUGGAACCGAACGAGGAGAAGCACAAAACGUAUUUCAAAAUUCAACCCAAACUGGGCGUCCCGCUGGAGGGUCAGGUACGAGUGCAGCUCAAUAUUCUAGUCGAGAAAGCACCGAACGUGUUGGCAACCAAAGACUUUCGUGAUUUCGUAUUUCCCAUCAUGUGGCUCGAGGAGGGUGUCAGUGAGCUAACGCCUCCCAUCAGACGCUGGAUUUACCUGGCAACGGUGUUUGCCCCGACGGCGCUCCCCAUCCUGUCCUACGGCAUGAUACUGACCGGAGCCUUCGCCAUGAUAUACGUCUUCGUGCGGGCGUACAAGAACUUCGUCUUCACCGAAGAUCCGACGACGGAGCUGAUCGACAUGGGUCGACGAUCGCUGCGACGUGGUAGCCAUCUGAUCCACAAUGGUCAGCAGCGGAUACUGCACCGGGACAGCUACAUCCUACUGAAGGCAAACGGUACGGUGGCGACGGUUUCCGACGAGGUGGACGAUACCGGCUCCAGUGCGGUUGCCGCCGACGCCCACGCGAUCAACAACAACCACCUGCUGCACAACCACAACCUGCUGCAAAGUCAUCAUCAUCUGUACAUUCAACCGAAGGACCAAAGUCUAUUGACGGAGGUGGAUUCGCCCGCCUAG